AUUAAUCCUGAAAGAAAACCCAGCAGCAGGGCAAGAAGAAAAGAAUCUGGGAUUUUUUUGGGUAGCUGAGGGAGGGAGGGAGGAGGGUGGGGAAGCAACAAAGGAAACAAUCAAAGACAAAAACAUAAUAUCGGGCAAUGCGGUCGUUGCCUUUGGGAAUCUCUCUUCCUCUCACCUCUUCCCUCGAUCCUAAUCCCGCUCUCACGCUCAAGCGUCCUAACCAUCACUCCUCUAUUUUCCUCCAUGCUCCUCCCAAAUCAGGAAUAUGCAGAGCCAGUCAAAUGGUGGAGUUGUUCCCAACUCUGUCUCCAGAGAUAGUGGUGAGGGAGGCAAGGAUAGAGGACUGUUGGGAAGUGGCAGAGACUCACUGCAGCUCCUUCUUCCCUGAUUACUCCUUCCCACUGGAUUUCGUGCUGAGACUGGAUAGGCUAGUUGGAAUGCUAUUUGGCUUCUCCGUGCCUUCUGGUUGCAAGAGAAUCUGUCUUGUGGCUGUUGUUGGAAGCUCCAUUGAUCAAUCCUUGUACAUUGGUAGUGAGGAUAUCAAGAUUGGAGGGUUUGAUGCCAAGUUCACUCUCAACAAAGGAUAUGUUGCUGGGAUCUUGACUUUGGACACUGUUGCCGAUUACCUUCCUAGAAAAGGCCCAGUGCGUCGAAGAAGGACAGGAAUUGCGUACAUAUCAAAUGUAGCUGUUAGAGAGAGGUACCGGCGCAAGGGGAUAGGAAAACAGCUUGUAGCGAAGGCGGAGGCAUUGGCCAAGACUUGGGGCUGCCGGGCGGUUGCCCUUCACUGUGAUCUGCGGAAUCCUGGUGCUAUCAAACUGUACAGAGGGGGAGGUUUCAAGUCCAUCAGGGUACCUGAGGGUGCAAACUGGCCUCACCCUAGAGCUUCCCCAGAUGUCCAAUUCAACUUCAUGAUGAAGCUGCUAAACUCCACAACGAACUAGCACUUGGCAUCUCCUUACAACUACAUAACACGCAAAUAUGUGUAGCUCGUAUCGUGAUCGUAAAAUGCUUCAGCAACUGCAACCUGAUUGUGAUGGCCUGAACAUGGGCACCAGAGGUUGCAAAUGUGUUGGGGUUGGAUGCUGGACUCAUGUGGGUUUGUAGAUAGAUGGUUUGUUGGAACUCAAUGACAUUCUUGGAGAUCUGGUUUACAGGGGUAUUUCGAUUAUUUAUCUAGCCUUGGGCAAGGUUCAGAUAGCGACAUUUCUACUUGACAGUAAAACCUGCCCGACUCCAAAGCAGAUAAAGGUUGAGAAUGGAGGAUAAGGGAGGACAAUGCAGAAGCAAAAUUAAGUUCAUAUACAAGCGAAACGCAACUUCUCGUC